AUGUGUGUGUGGAUGUAAUAAAGCUGAGCUACACCAAAAACACACACACAGCGCACCCCUCCACCCCUUCUAAGUUUCAACCCCUCCCCGCCGUCUGCUUUGUCCGUUUGCGUUUUGUACUUUGUUUGCGCUGCGUCCCACCUCAGUAAAACGGACAAAGUGUUGACCUCCGGGUUUGGAGAAGGAGAAAAGAAGAGAAAUCGACACACAGAAAGCAGUGGAGUAGUGUGUGUUGAGGGAAAGGGCAGCAGAGGGGAUAAGUGUUUGUGGUGAAGUAAGAAAGUGAUGGUGAGAAAGCAUGGCUGGCAGCUGCCUGCACACACCUUUCAGGUUGUUGCUAUUACAGUGUUUUGCUUGUUGGUGGUAGCAUUUUAUGCUUUCUUUGCUCCUUUCAUGGGUGGCCGAAUAUGGGAGUAUGCUCUCAUUGGCGUCUAUUCCCCUGUGGCUCUAUUGGUUUUCAUUCUGUAUGUUCGCUGCACUGCAAUUAACCCUGCAGAUCCUGGUAUCAUGUCCAAAUUUUAUCCUGAGUUAAGAAACGAAGCAAGGGAAAAGCACGAAUCAAUUGCCCACGGCCUGAACAGAAAAUUUGAUGAAGUUAGCAAUGGAAGUCAUUCAUGCCCAUCUUCAGCUUCCCGAAGCUCCUAUGCAGGAGCUAAUUCUAGCAAGAAAGGUUCAGUUGAGUCUGUAAAAUCCCAUGCUCAAGUUAACUUCCCAAGAAGGCGUUCCUUUUGCUAUUAUUUCGUAGGAAUUUUCUGUGGAGUCUUCGUACAUGAAGAUUGUCGGAAACAAGACGAGGCAGCUGAGCAGGAAGGUACAGGGGAAGAUGCAUUGUAUUGCACGCUGUGCAAUGCUGAGGUUCGCAAGUUCAGCAAACAUUGUCGAAGUUGUGACAAGUGUGUUGAUGGAUUUGAUCACCAUUGUCGGUGGCUUAAUAACUGCGUGGGCCGGAAAAACUAUGUAACGUUUAUCUCACUUAUGGCUAUCAGUUUAGUUUGGCUCGUUGUCGAAGCUGGAGUGGGCAUUGGCGUUCUAGUUCGUUGCUUCGUUCAUAAGAGCCAUAUGGAGGCUGAAAUAGUUGAUAGACUAGGAAAUGGUUUCUCUCGUGCUCCGUUCGCGACUGUUGUGGCUAUAUGUACAGCAGUGUCUUUGCUGGCCUGUGUACCGUUGGGGGAACUUUUCUUUUUCCACAUGAUACUAAUUAGAAAGGGCAUUACAACGUAUGAGUAUGUUGUGGCAAUGAGGACCAUGAGCGAAGCACCAGCAGGAGCAUCUGUAGACGAGGAAUUGCCGAACAUUCUAUAUUCUCCGUCUGGAUCGGCAACAACCGGUUUCAGCGGUGGAAGCUCGUUAGGUCUCCAAUAUAAAGGAGCAUGGUGCACACCUCCGAGGGUGUUUGUAGAUUACCAGGAAGAAGUUGCACCCCAGUUAGGACCUGGAAUGGUCCCGUCUACUGUCGAUCCAGAUGCAGCCGGAUUAGGUGACAAGUGGAACAAGGGACCGAAAAAGGGAGUUCGAAUCAGUGCAUGGAAGCUUGCUAAACUAGAUUCGAAUGAGGCAAUGAAAGCUGCUGCAAAAGCAAGGGCGUCGUCUUCUGUGUUACGUCCCGUUGAUAAUCGCCGUUUGCCUGAUUCUGAAUUAAGUUCCAGCGAGAAUGCAAGUGUUAGAAGCAGUAUGAGCACUGACACAGGAGGAAACAAAGAUGUGAGGAAUGAGUUUAGGCUCUCGCCUCUGAGGAACUCUUUUGCUCCCAGUCAAGGUAGCCGGGACGAAUAUGAAACAGGCACUCAAAGUGUUAGCAGUUUCAGCAGCCCUAGCCAUGUUCAUGAAUCUGUCACACUGAGCCCUCUUCCUCAAGCUCGUGCUUUCAACCCACUUGCUGCUGCUAGUUCAGUACCCGCUCUCGUCCCAGAGCAGCCCCUAACCUCUAGAGUUGCCGUCCCAAGUAAAAACAACCCUGUUUUCCCCAGCUUGUCAGGAUUUGAUGAAAAGAUUAUGCAAAGGCACAGCAGCACAGACCCGUUACUGCUCUCUGCUCCUGCUGCUCAGGCAACCUCCUUGAUUAGAGACGUCAAAAGGACGUCUGUGGUUUGGGAUCAAGAAGCCGGAAGGUACAUUUCUGUUCCGGUAUCAGCUUCAGAGGCCCGUAAACGACCAUCCUUACCACCUCCAGCAGCUGUAACAAAUCCUCAUUCUGUGACGGGCACCCAAGAUAAAAGACCUGCUGUUCCGCCUCAGGAGCCAUUGCGGCCCUUAGCAAAGCCUGAAGCCCGGCAGUCUGAGAAGCUAACUUACACCGGGCAAUCCAUCUUCUUUGGUGGCCCACUUCUAAGCGCUCCCAUUAGAGAUGGUCUGAAACGGGAGGGGGCUUCAAGCUCAAGAGACGCACAGGAUAAACUAGCCAUAACUUUGCCACGAGAAUCAAGAUUUAAGAGGGACUCUGUCUCAAACCAGCUUCCUAUCUUCGUUCCAGGGGAUUCAGAUUCAAAUCCUUCACCAUUAUCUGGUCUGAAGUAAGGCAGCCAUCCGAGCCGAUUCUUUCAAACCUUCUAGCAAUACGGAGCUGAACUUGGAGAAGCUGCAAACUGGAAGAAACCUCUUCAAAGGGAGCUGAUCUUGGAACCCCACAGGAACCUCUCUUACAAGGGCAGCUUCUUAGGGCAACUGAGUGGGAGGUUCCAGCGGUUUCUUCGGACUCGAGACUAUUUUCUGGCAAGAAAGUUUUUACUCCCAAAAUCUCUGGAAUUUAGCCAUUUUGUUUCUGUCAUGUACGUAUUUGUAACUGAGAUCAAUUCACGGCUAUUUCCGUUUGGCGGCUCGCUGUGCUCCCACUGUCUGUGAGAUUUAUACUCAUUCUUAGCUAUAUUUCGGGAGGACUUAAUGCUCUAGAUUUAUGUAUAUUAUUGAUCAGCGAAAUUUGGAUUUGAACGAGCUUAAGCAUACUGCAUAGUGAACGGGUUACACUUGUUGUCU